AUGUGGAUUCUUGAUCCAGCUGUCGUGAAGGCUAAAAUCUUGCUACAAACACUGUGGAAGCUCGACUACGACUGGGAUCACCCGCUACCGAAAGCAUUCGUCAAUGAAUGGGAAGAUUACCAACUUCACUUCAACCGUUUGAAAACUUUUCGCUUCCCUAGACACGUGCAGUCUCUGCGGCGUCCGGCCAUGGUACAAAUUCAUGGGUUUAGCGAUGCGUCGGAGCACGCAUAUGGAGCGUGUUUGUACCUUCGAUCUAUCACUCCUGACGGGUUUGUCACUAUUCGUCUCCUAGCAGCUAAGUCGCGAGUAGCUCCGUUGAACAACAAAUCUAUUGUACGCUUGGAACUCUGCGCAGCAUUGCUCAUAGCUCGAUUGCUCCUGUCCGUCUGUACCAGUAUCAACGUCACGGAAAAUAUUCACUUGUGGACCGAUUCAACGAUUGUACUUCAUUGGUUGUCUGCAAAUCCGUCCACGUGGCAAACCUUUGUGGCCAACCGGGUCGCAGAGAUCCAAGAACUUACAACCAACUGCACUUGGAACCACGUUCCAGGAGACCAAAACCCCGCGGAUAUGAUCUCACGUGGCGUGAAUGUUGACCAGCUACUAGACGAGUCGUUAUGGUGGAAUGGACCGGCAUGGCUCGGAACAUGCAGUGCGGCAUGGCCGCAACCUCCUGAAGAAUUCGGUCGAUGGAAGGAGAAAGAUUUGGAAACAAGAAAAUGCAUAGCACUUCCGAUAACACAUUCUGAAGUUGUCGACCUUAUCACUCGAUUCUCAUCGUUCACAAUUCUUCUGCGAAUCGGUACUCUGUGCAGACGUUUCGCUAACAAUUGUCGUAGGAUGGCAAACAACCGUCGGCAUGGUCCGAUAUCUGUUGAAGAGCUCAAUACAACACUGUAUGGAAUACUGCGAUUAGUACAAGCCGAAUACUUCGGAUCGGAGCUCAGUGCACUUCAAGGGGGAAGGCCAAUCCCACCUCGAUCUAAACUCCGAUACCUCUGUCCAGCUUUUCAAGACGGUCUAAUUCGCGUUGGUGGCCGGCUCGAGCACGCUGCCGUCGUCAAUGAUACCAGAAAACCUUUCGUACUCCCGAGAAAGCACCCCCUCACGUGGCUGAUCGCCACCUCGAUCCAUCGUCAACAGCUACACUGUGGUCCGCAGUUGUUGCUGUCCAUUAUUCGCCAACAGUUCUGGCCAUUAGGCGGCCGAGACCUUACACGCGAAGUAGUACACAAGUGCGUUAUCUGCGUGAAGACGCGUCCUCGAAAUCUCGUACAGCUAAUGGGGUCGCUGCCAGCGGUUCGCGUGACUCAAUCAUACACCUUUGAAAAUGUUGGCAUCGACUUCGCUGGACCGUUCUAUCUGCAGCGACCAAGUCCCCGCUCUUCACCUAAGAAAAGCUAUGUGGCCGUUUUUGUAUGCAUGGCCACAAAGGCAUCACAUCUCGAGCUUGUCUGCGAGCUCACGACAGCAGCAUUCAUUGCAAGCCUUCGACGCUUCAUAGCGAGGCGCGGUCGUCCACAACACAUCUAUUGUGAUAACACCACGAAUUUUGUGGAAGCAUGCCUGAAUUCACGGACCAUCACUCCACUGUCCAGUGACCCAAACGACUUGCAAGCCCUAACGCCUGGGCAUUUCCUAAUCGGGCGGGCCUUGAAUGACCUCCCAAAUCCCAACUACACUGUUAUUCCCGAAAAUCGACUUCGUCUUUGGGAACGUGUUCAACGCCACACUCAACAAUUCUGGAAAAGGUGGCACCAAGAGUAUCUCACAACCCUUCAGCAACGAUACAAGUGGUCGACUGUUAACCGCAAUCUAAUUGUCGGGGUAUGGUCAUGA